GAUUACACACUGCACUCCAGCCUGGGCAAGAGUGAGUCUCUGUCUCUAUUAAAAAUAAAUAAGUACAUAAAAAGAUAAGGGCCAUUGAAUUAUUAAAUAUAGACUGAACUGUAAUCUUCUGUACUUUCUGAAUUGUAUUCUUCUGUCAAAUUCUGAAUAUUCUAACCAAAGUUUUCAUCUUCCAGGAUAAAACAACAGUCACCCUCAAGGAGAUAAUACCAUACAGGACAGCUGGGAGGCUGAUACUCAUGUACACAGCAGAUACAAUAUGACGUAGGCACCAUCAAGGACAAGCAAGGUGAAGGGGCCCUGGCAGUGCCUAACACAGAUGUGUUUUGAGGAAUGUCUUCUCAGUCAUAAAACAGGCACCUGGCAUUAUAAAUAACAGAUUUAUAUAUAAAACAAAGGGAUACAUAAAUGCUCUCAGAGGCUGGCCUCAUUAUCAAGAAUUUAAACCAAGUGAGAUGAACAGAUGUUUACAACAUUUUACUCCCACAAUUUCUGCAGCACUUAAGCUGCUACAACACUUGCUAUUUGAUUUUCCCUUUAUUCACUGACAACUCAGGAGCUCUCUGUGGUUUUAUUCUACCACUGUUAGCUUCUUUUACAAUGUAAAACAGUUUUAAUAGUAUGAUGAGUGGGCUUUUCCAGUUGUUACAGAAUUGGUGACCAAGGCCCAAAGCAGGUGACACAGAGCUAAGCAACCAACGUGUAUAAAGGCAGCUUAGUGGCCAGUGGCCGAAAAGGCACUAUUGUCAGCAGUCCAAUGUCUCAGCAGGUGCCCCUACAUCCAUCUAAGACUGGUGUGAGCUGGUGUUAAGGCUGGAAGAAGGACUUGUCGCAUGGAGAGUUGUGUGUUCAUUCACGAGAAGGCCCCCUUUGCCUUAGCUAAGAGACAGAGGGCUCAAAGAGAACCACUCCUAAAGACUGGGUGUGAGUACAAGUCAAGGAGACUGACAUCUCAUUCCUUCGUUUUGUAUCUACUUAGGCAUCAGACUUGUUGAUCUGCCUGGUGCUUAUCUGAGGAGGAGACAGAUGGCAGAUGGAAACAGAAGUAUCGAGGCAGCCUGUUUCUCACCAUUUGGCAGGGCAAGGAUGCACGCGCUUUCUGUGGGUCAAGUGAUGUUACAGAGAGCUGUCAGGCCUCUCAAGUGAGCUGACGAGGGGAAGAAAAGAUGAAGUAAGUUCUGCUUUGUUGUCUGAUCUGCUUUCUUACACUACAGAGUAUGGUGGAAUCACACAGUGUGUACUUUUCUGUGUCUCCAUUUUUGCUCGGUGUGUCUUUGCGAUUCGUCCACCCUGUUGUGUGUCUGUACUUCACUUCUAUCCACUGCUGAGCGGCAUUUCACUGCAUGAACAUACCACGUUUGUUUAUUCCUGUUGUGUGUCUGUAGUUCACUUCUAUCCACCGCUGAGCGGCAUUUCACUGCAUGAACAUACCACGUUUGUUUAUUCCUGUUGUGUGUCUGUAGUUCACUUCUAUCCACUGCUGAACGGCAUUUCACUGCAUGAACACACCACGUUUGUUUAUUCCUGUUGUGUGUCUGUAGUUCACUUCUAUCCACCGCGGAGCGGCAUUUCACUGCAUGAACAUACCACGUUUGUGUAUCACGCACUUGCUGUGGCAGUCAGCUCUCAGGAUGGCUGCAAGGAUCUCUGUCUCCAGGGGUUCGCAUCACUGUGCUGCCCCCUCCCAUAGGAUAUAAGGGCUGGUCUGUGCGAUCAACAGAGUAAGGCGGAGGUGAGGGUAUGUCACUUCUGAGGUUAGGUUAUGGAAGACACUGCAAAUUCUGUUUUGGUUGUUCUCUUCCUUUCUUGGGUCACUUGUUCUGGAGAAGCUGGCCCUCGUGUCCUAAGUAACCCUACAGAGGCGUCCGUAUGGUAGAGAGCCAAACCAUCUCUGGGGAGAAAACAGGGACCUCGCUCCAGGGGAAGAUGGAGGUGUUAAGGUUCCAGAUGUCACUCCCUGGCCACGAGGACUGCGGGACCAUCCUCACAGUUUACAACAUUCCGCAUGACAUCCAGGGACCCGAGCACCCCGACCCUGGAAAGCCGUUUACUGCCAGAGGGUUCCGCCAGUGCUACCAUCCAGACAACAUCCAGGGCCACAAGGUCCUGGAGCUCCCGAAGGUGGCCUGGAAAAGGUGGCUCAUCUUCACAGCGGGCACGUCCAGUACCAUGGGUGAUAGCGAUGCUGGGGCGUGGAAUGAGAUCUACCACAAGACAGAGAUGGACUGCAACACGACAGGCCACAGCUACCCCGACCCCAACUACCUGCAGAAUGUGCUGGUCGAGUUGGCCUCCCAGAGGGUGACCGAGGACUGCCCGAAGCAGCCGUGACCUCUUGCCCUGGCACACUGCCUCUGGUGGCCACCCUGCUGUCCCAUGGCUGGCUGGGUGGGCAGGCGGGAAAGCGCCCAGCCUAAGAGGCUGGAAUGUUUGUUGGGGUGUGGGGUAUGCCCCACCUGAAGCUAGGGCUCCACCUGCCUGCCCCUCCCUCCUCCUCCCCUCCAGACAGGGAUCUGUGUGGGAACUGGGCAACCCUAGGGAGUUGAAGGGGCUUAAGAUGCAGCUACCUCAGUGUGCGGGACAUGUCUGUCCUCCGGGGGCUGCUUUGGGCCCGAGGUGCUCAGGGACUGGUGUGGGGCAAGUAGAGAUGGCCCAGCCUGGGCGGGCGUGGCUUCUGGGUCAGCUUCUGUUACCUCAAUUUUGUUUGUAAUAAAUGCUCUAUAGCCAAAAAAAAUAAAAAAAAUAAAAAUAAAAAAUA